GAUAUAUUUUUUUUUGUAUGCCUGAAAUUAUAAUUAAAAAAUUUUCGGAAUCUUUGGAAAAUUUUUACUUUUUUUUAAUAUUCGCAGCAGUUUGGUAUAAAUCUAAAGUAAUGUUUUCGGCACCUCAGCAAGUUUUAAAAAAUCGUCGGCGUUUAUCUGCUUUAACAACGCUGCAAGCAAGAAUUGCAGAGAAUAAUGUAAGUGCAAACAGAUUUAGUAUUGCCAAAAAGCAAACACAAACGCUGCGAGAAUUCUUUGAAGAUCUACAAGUGGAAGAAAAUCGCAUAAAACGUGAGAUUCAAAGAAUCGGGCAGAAAAUCAAAAGGCUUGAAAAUUCGAAUGUUGAUAAAAAGGAUAAUGAUAACAAGACAGAUGGGAAAUAAAAAAAAUUAAAAAUAAUUAUAAAAUUAAAUUUGUUGAAAAAGACUCAUUUACCUGUGUCUUUUUUUCAACAAACCUAUAUAUAUUCUAAAAGUAGAAAAAAUAAUUGUAUUGUAAAUUUGUAGAUUUGUAAAAUAAAAUAUAUUAGUAAUUUCACAGA